GUCUGGUUUGGGCAACAAUAAGCACGAUAACUGAUUUGCGAGCGUGGACUGCGUAGGCCUCCCUCCACUCGAUCGAUCGUGGCUUGCGAGCUCACAAAGCUACGAGUCAUCAAGAGUCACGACCUGCUGCUGCUCAACCAGGUGGUGAGGCUCAAGUGGUGCAUUCUGGAUCUCAUAAUCAACUCACAAUCGCGAAAUUCUCUUGGCUCGAACCGACCUCUUCAUAAUUUGUCCACCUCGCAACUCAUUGUUCCCUGCACUGUACUGCGCGCUCCCCACGCAAAGUGACUGGACACCACAACCACCAAACACCACCACCACACAGCUAUCGGCUCGGCUGCUGUGCACGUUAGGCCUACGCUCACAAUGCACCUCUCAUCAUCCCACAUUCUAGCUUCCAUCUUUCUCAUUAUCGCCUCAUACCCCAUCAGGGCUUCUUCUGCUUCAGCCUCGACGACCAGAGAGACGGCUUCGCAGGCCAUUCAGCAAGCUCGAAAUCUGCUGGUCGACCAGAGCACAUUCGGAGUGGCCACAUUGAGCACUGUCUACGCUUCAGACUACGAACCCAAGGAAUUGGCAGGGCGAGCGCUGAGCGGUCCCGAGUACUUUGCUCCUUGCUACGACAAUGGCGAUCUGCUAUUCCUAGCACUACCAGUCUCUCAAAAUUGGCGCAACGUGCUGAAUACGCCCGCUCGUCGAGGCACGCUCUCCAUUGAACCAUCGGCCGAUCCUACCGAUCCUGAUCCGCGCUUCGAGACCUCUCGAGGGACCUGGCAACCCUCUCGUUCAUCCUGGCGAAAAGGAAUGCCUUCCAAACAACGACUGACCCUCUUCGGUACAAUGCAAGACGUUCCCUCUUCCCAGAUCCCUUCGUCCCAAAAAUGCUUCACGCAUCAUCAUCCCGACGCUUCGCACUGGGUACCCGGUUCAGACUCUCCUCACCUGGCCAAGUUUGUCAGGUUCGAGGUGCAAAGGGUGUACAGAGUAGGCGGAUUUGGCGACGAGAGCUGGAUAGGCUGGAUCGAUGCGGAACAGUGGAGGCGGACCAGGCCCGAGACAGAAAGCGAUCAAGACGCGUGGAACAUCGACAGGAACUGGGUUCGAGAAGGCACGGGAAGCGACGACGACGUCUCAAAGUCUCACAGCAACGACGAGUCCCAUACUUCGGCCGUUCGUGACUACGCAGCGCUCUUCGGCGAUACCCGUCGCGACGAUCACCCACCUGCUCUUGGUGCUUUCCGCAUACAGGGGGGGCGAGCGUGACAAAUUGUUCGGCAAGCUCUCACGUUUAUGACCACCUUGAACGCCACACGCAUCAAAUUUGGUCGCCCCUCUCAUCAUGUAUCAAGAUGUGUGCCUCUUUCUACCACCAUAAACAUUUUCAAGUUUGCGCUGUGCAUCGCACGAUGACAUGCUUGACGCGUUGUGCAAAGUCAGACGUCAGACCUGG